AUGGCAGCGACAAAGAGGUACAUUUCAAAGGAAGAGCUCAAGACCCACAGCAGGGCGAAAGAGCACCUAGGUGGGUCUGCUCCAUUGCUGAGUCUUGCCGGCCAGGAUGCUACUGAUGCUUUUGUGGCCUACCAUCCCGGGGUUUUGUGGAGCCGUUUGGACGAUUUCUUUAUUGGGUUUCAUCUCAAGGAUUACAUUGUUUCGGAGGUGUCGAAGGAUUAUAGGAGGUUGGUGUAUGAGUUUUUGAAGAUGGGGUUGUUUGAGAAAAAGGGGCAUGGGGUGUUCGUCACACUCUGUGCGAUGGCGGUGAUGUUCUCCGCCUGUAUUUAUGGGGUUCUGGGGUGUGACAACACAUGGGUUCAUCUUGCCAGUGGUGCGUUGAUGGGCCUUUUUUGGAUUCAGAGUGGGUGGAUUGGGCACGAUUCUGGGCACUACCAGGUGAUGAUGAACGGGCGUUUGAACUGCUUUGCGCAGGUGUUGAGUGGGAAUUGUCUUGCGGAAUUGGAAGAUGCUGUUGAUGGUCCCGGCAGCAUGGGCCAGCACCUGACCCCACCCCGCCUCGAGAGAAACGGGGAUGGGAUCCCAUUAACCUGCCCCACCCCACCCCAGGUAUGGGACGGAGAUGAGAAACAGAUUUAUAUAAUUGGGACGGGAAUGGGGUAG